UGACGUAAGACAAUGUUUUUGGUUGAAGACAAGCCGCCAUUCCAAGCUCGGAACUUAACGCGAAUUGCCUGCACAUAGAUAUAGUACGGACCCUGUGUGUUGCCAUAGACAGUGGCAAAUGCAGUAGAAGUAUGCUUAAAAAAAUAUUUUGUCAGUCACCACGGGAUAUUUGUUGAUUAAAAAAAACGAUCUGGGAUGCGGGUGGAAACAUUUCAGGGUGACUUUGUUUAAUGAAGAAGGCGUUUUCACAAAAUGGAAGAAAUAUUUUCGUCGUCGUUGUUGAUAUCCUUCACCUCAACGAGAAUGUUAUACUGACGCAAUUAGUUCACUCGACAAAUAGAAAGCAUUCCAAUGCCUUGUUGCAGAACCGAGAGCAACCAGGAAUUCUGAGUAAUUUGUCCAGUUUUAUAAUGAAUCAAAGCAUCUGCUGAGGCAAUUUUGAUAUUUCAGAUUUUUGUCUUCGAUUUGUCGUUUCUUCCUAACGUUAUACGUGAGGAUAUUGUAUUUAUCGUUUUCUUACAGGUUUACGUGGUGAAGCAUAGACAUUUGAAAUAUCCUGUAACAGUUGGUAAAUGUUCUGCAAGACUGGGUUUGCUUACAUUAACGUAUUUUUUAACAGUCACAGAACCGGACGUGUUUGUUUACAAAGGUCUUGCGGUUUUCUUGCCCAAAGUAGGGGAGUAUUUCGUCUAGGCUGGUAGGAAGAAAACAUUUUUUUUUAUUGAAAAUCGAUUACCUAGAUUGUAUUGUCAAUUCUGUUUUAAUUACUUUAUAUGUAAUUAUUUUGAUUCAAAAAAUUUUAUACUUUAAGGAAUUCCACCUCUGUGCGACAUAGACUACACCUUUCUGGGAGUUACCCUUGAUCGAGUAGUGCUCAAUCAUAGUUUCCAACAUGAAGUGCCAAGAGCUUUCAGAAACGUUCAGGGAUAAAGUUGUACAGCGGUACAAGUUAGGUGAAGGUUACAAGAAAAUCUCCAAUACAUUAGGUAUCCCAUUGAGUACAGUCAAGUCAAUCAUUAAGAAGUGGAAGGUGUAUGGAACAACUGAGACUCUGCCCAGAUCUGGACGGCCUUCCAAAAUAAGCAGUUGGGCCAAAAAGAUUUUAGCUCUAGAGCUCACUAUGAGACCAACUGCCACUUUGAAAGAGCUUCAGACUUCCAUGGCUGAGAUGGGAGAGAAUGUCCAUGAAUCAACUAUAGCCCGAUCAUUUGCCAACUGUAGCCGAAAUGGGCGAUCGGCACAAAUGAGGCCGUCACAGACAAACGACAAUCUUGAAUCCAGAAUGGCUUUUGCAGUAAAGCAUUUAGAUUAUACCGAUGUUGAGACGGGUAAAAAUCCAUCAAAGCCAAGGGGCAUGAUGUCCUCUUAUGCCUACUUUGUUCAGAUGUGCCGGGAGGAGCACAAGAAGAAGCACCCAGAAGCUUCAAUCAACUUCUCAGAGUUCUCCAAGACGUGCUCUGAGAGAUGGAAGGCUAUGACUGCAAAGGAAAGGGGCAAGUUUGAGGAUCUGGCCAAGCUUGACAAAUUGCGCUACGAAAGGGAAAUGAAAAGCUAUGUUCCUCCCAAGGGAGAGAAGAAGAAGAAGAAGAAGCUUAAGCAACCCAUCGCCCCAAAGAGACCACCUACUGCGUUCUUCAUCUUCUGCGCUGACCUCCGACCCCAGGUGAAGGUGGAGACUCCUGGCCUGUCCAUUGGUGAUGUGGCCAAGAAACUGGGAGAGAAGUGGAACAAGCUCUCAGCUGAAGACAAGGUGCCAUACGAGAAGAAAGCCGCCAAGCUGAAGGAGAAGUAUGAGAAGGACAUCACCGCGUACCGCAACAAGGGUAAGGUUCCCGUCAGCAUGCCGGCAAAGGCUACCGCUCCCGCCAAGGAUGACGAUGAUGACGACGAUGAUGACCACAACGAAGAUGGUAACAAGGAUGGUGAUGACAACAACGAAGAUGGUAACAAGGAUGGUGAUGACAACAACAAAGAUGGUAACACGGAUGGUGAUGACAAGAACAAAGAUGAUAUCAAGGACGGUGAUGACAACAACAAAGAGGAUAGCGAGGACUGUAAUGACAACAACAAAGAUGAUAACAAGGACGAAGAUGACGACAACAAAGAUGAUAACAUGGAUGAUGAUACCAAAAACACUGACAAAAACGAUGAUGUCAACAACAACAAUGAUAAAAAUGAUGACCACAACGAUGAUGCAGAGUAGAUUACCACUGUUAUAGGUAGAGCUUAUCAUCUCUUGUUUAUAAAGCAUUUAACCUCCCAUGUAAAAAAAAAAACAUCACUUACUCAAAACAGAAACUAACUCGAAAAAGAUAUAAAAACUAAGAAAACAAACAUCCUGUACCAAAAAAGCUUAACCAUUGUGUACAAGAUUUUUCUUCUUGUUUUUGUAUAGUAUACAGAAGGGUCAUUUGUGUUUUUCUGUGCUUCUUUCCCAUUUUCCCCCUCCCAUUUUCCUCCCUACCUGUGGUAGUUCCUGUACACCACCAUUGUCCCUGGAUAGAUCCCAAAUGACACAUCAUUUACUAUUUAGUGCACUAGUUUUUACCAGGUCACCUUGUUCUUUGGUCAAACGUGGUACACUGUGUAGGGAACAUGGUGUAAUUUGGGAUUCAGCCCUGCCUGGUGUAGGUAAAAACGUCUUGGCACCCAAUAAAUCUAUUUGCCCUAGCUAGCAGUGCACAGCAGAACACAAACCAAUUUUCGUUUGGGAUUUGUAGAUGGACAGGGCUACAACUAUGUUGUUAGAUGACUUUGGGUCCCCAGAAGAGGGUUGAAAACCACCAGUUUAAGAAGUAUUACAUUUUUGGUAGAAUGGACAUUACUUUAUGUUGUGUUAAACAGUGUCAGGUCUAAAAAUGUCUGGGUCUAUACUUUAAUAAAAAAUAGAUGUUACAUGA